AUGGAUGCGCUGCUCCUUCUCUACCAGGAGUGCUCGUCCCCAGACCUGAUGAACAUAGAAUAUGUGGCCAACUUUGUCAACAAGUGUAAGUAUUUGAUUUGCAGCUACCCUUUUUUACUACAGUAUGCUUGCAGUAAAUUUUGAAUUUUAUUCCACUCCUAUUUAAGUGUGUGUGUGUGUGUGUGUGUGUGUGGGUGUGUGUGUGUGUGUUUGACACUCAAUCUCUGACGUGGUGUCAGAGUUACAUGAGUUGCAGCCACGGUUGUGGGACUUUGAGAAGCGCAGGGUGGUGGGGCGCGGCUGCUUCGCUGAAGUACAGGUGGGCCGAGAGAGAUCCACAGUAGAUGUGUGUGCCUUGAAGGUCAUGGAGAAGGCUGGCCUACGCUCCCAAGAAAAUGUAAGAUACAUUGAUUUUCAUUCUGUCCCAAAGUUAUUCAUUGUGGGGCCAAAUCCUAAAUUCCACUGAAGUCAUAAUUUUUCACUUAGUCAUGUAUCGAUGUCAAAGAGACUGCAUGGAAAUUCGACUUAAAGGUGCAAUCUGCAGUUGCUACAUACAUUUUUGGACUUAUAAAUUAAUUAAUGUACCCAUUGAUUCUUGAAGAAUAUAACUUAGAAAUUCCUCAUCAGCUUAGUUCAACUGUCUUAUCCCAUCAGAACCCAAAAUAUACACUUGUUUUACUCCAAUGUUUGUAAACAAAGUAAAUGUAAACAAACACCAUAUAGUCUCAAAACAUGGUUAAACUAUCAUUUUGAUAUCAUGUCCUUGCAUCCAUAGCUGUCUAUAAUUUUGAGAGUGCUUACAUUUCUCCAGCCCCAUCCCUCAGCUUUUUACCGAAACAAGGGCAGGGAGGGCGCUUUGUUUUUGUUUCAACUGCUGAUUGCUGCUUUAAAUGGAAGCAAGGAUUCACCUUUGACUGACUAGUCAAUCUUUGAAAAUUGUACCAUGUUUGCAAAAUAUCUAUAUACAUGUAUAUAUACAGUACCAGUCAAAAGUUUGGACACACCUACUCAUUCAAGGGUUUUUCUUUAUUUUAACUAUUUUCUACAUUGUAGAAUAAUAGUGAAGACAUCAAAAUUAUGAAAUAACAUAUAUGGAAUCAUGUAGUAACCAAAAAAAGUGUUAAACAAAUCAAAAUAUAUUUUAUAUUUGAGAUUCUUCAAAGUAGCCACCCUUUGCCUUGAUGACAGCUUUUCGCACUCUUAGCAUUCUCUCAACCAGCUUCAUGAGGUAGUUUAAUGUAAUGUUUCAUUGCAUUGAGCUUUGUCAGUCCAGAGAGCCCGGGUUUCUGUGCAAUUUGCCUAUUUAGGCUGUCCAUUGUAAUACAUCAUAUGACCAAUAGAUGGCGCCAUGCACCAUCUGUUUCAGGCUGAUUCCCCAAAGAUACACAGUACAGUACUAUAGAUUUUCAUAACAUGUUAUUGAUGAAUAGUGUUUGCAGGGUAUGCAUGCUGCCAGGCCUUCCUUUUGAUAACAAAAACAAGUAUAUAGACAGAAUGAAUGCAUGAAUAGCAUCUAUAGACCGCAGUAAAGUUUGUUUUGUCCAAGCACCGUUCAUUGUUUUGAUCUUCGUUCCUUCGCAGCCUUUUUUGAGCCAGAGGGCUGAACAUUGUGAAAAAGCAAUCUUUAUCGGGGUCAAUUCUCCCUUUGGCACAGUAAUAGAAAUCGAAAGGCAUUGCAGUCACAUGUAGAUUUCCAUGUGUAUCAACAUAAAUAGAAAUGCCUUCCACAUUAGGCCUACUCAUACAGGGUUAUGGACUGUCAUUCAAUUUCUAAAGCCCAAAUGUGGCCCUUGAAAUUGCCAGUUUACAUGUUUUUCCCCACUUUACCUCAUCACUACUAUUGUGUGUUUUCCUCUCUGUACUCCGUCUGUAGCUGGAACGCUCUGUCCAAUUGUUCCUGGGAAUUUAGUGGUAGUAAAAUAUCCAAUACAAAUGCCAAAUGAGAAAUGCAUUGCUGCUCGGAACUACAGCCUAAUAGAUAUUCUGUCAGGGAGCUGAGCGGUUCAAAUUAUAAAUAAAUUAUUUUCCAUGUCUGCUUCAGCUCAGUCAGCCCCCGCCCCCAGCUCUACUCUGCCUACACUUCCAUACUGAGCCCAGUGAAAAUACAAAGAAUCCAUCUCUACCCAAGUGUCAGACUGCUCCAAAGUGUCUCUCAGUACCCUGUUGCUAGGUAACGUCUUUAGAAUGCUGCUGUUCAUUCAGACUCCCCGACCAUUCAUGCGUUGCUGUAUGCUUCUCGUCACAUAACUUUUAUUAACAUCCCGACUGGUAGCUGCUGCCUUCAUUGCUUCCUGUUUAUAUUUAGAAUUCAUGGACCAACCACUGCACUGCUAGAAUACAAGAGACAUUGUUGCUUUACAGACACAUUUUGGAGCUUUUGGUGGUUUAAUAUAUGACCAAUGACCAUAGAAACUGUGUGGUCUGGGUGUGGUGGUAAUGCUUGUCUUUUUGCUUGGUUUGAAAUAAACACAAAAUACACCAAGCCAUUUGGCCACACAAGGCAGGUUCCAGUCUGUCUGAUAUGAUUGUCACGGUACUAUGCAUAUGUGUGUUUAAUUUCCGUGUAUUUGGGUGGAGACCUGAUGGCCCUGAUGAACAGACAUGAGGAGCAGUUUGAUGAGGCCAUGGCCCAGUUUUACCUGGCCGAAUUAGUGGGCAGCCAUCCACGCUGUGCAUCAGAAGGGCUUUGUCCACAGGUGAAUUCCAAAUUCCACACUUUUAAUACGCUCAGAUGUGCUGCACACCUGUGUACUGCUUAUGUGAAUCCCAGAAUAACAGUGUGACUGGUAGGGUCAAGGUUCAAAUAAGGUUACUACAAGUAUAAGAGCAAAAUCAUACUCACUCUUUGUAAGAUCUCUCACCUGGGUUGAGGUCAAAUUGUUUGGUCUGGUUUCGACUCCUCCUUGUCCUUCCAUUACCAUUUGCUUUCUCCUGCAUUCUCUCACAUCCUCACUUCUUUCCUGUUGCAGAGAUGUCAAACCAGAUAAUGUUCUCAUUGAUCGCACAGGACACAUCAAGCUAGCAGACUUUGGUUCAGCUGCCAAGCUCACUGCUAAUAAAAAG